GGAGGCAGCUGCCAGCAGGGACAUCAGCUCAGAGGGACGGACCCUCCCGCAGCCCAGUGCCUUCUUGUACCAACAUGUCUGCUCAAGAUAGAGGGGGCCGGGAUGGCCAGAAAGCCAAGGGCAAGACCCUGAGUAGCUUCCUGGGGUCUCUGCCCGGCUUCAGCUCUGCCCGGAAUCUGCUGACCCAUGGCUCGACCAGGGAGGCCCAGCCGGCUGCCGACCCAGCAGGUGUCCCUGCCCCUGAGGCUGCCCAGCCCCAGGCUCAGGUGGCUGCCAACCAGGAGCAGAUGGCUGAGGGGACCCAGUCUUCAGAGAAGAUGACCAAGACCAAGGACACCUUCUCCUCGGGAGUGGCCAGUGUGGUCCAAGGGAGCCUAGGCCUGGGCCAGUCGGUUCUCUCUGGCACCAAGGACGCCGUGUCCAGUGGGGUAACCGGGGCAACAAAUGUGGCCAAGGGGGUCGCCCAGGAGGGGCUGAACACAACCAAGAAUGUCCUCACGGGCACGAAGGACACUGUGGCCACUGGGCUGACUGGGGCUGUGAACGUGGCCAAGGGGACUGUGCAGAGUGGCCUGGACACUACCAAGAAUGUCCUCACGGGCACCAAGGAUACUGUGGCCACUGGACUGACUGGGGCUGUGAACGUGGCCAAGGGGACUGUGCAGAGUGGCCUGGACACUACCAAGAAUGUCCUCACAGGCACCAAGGACACAGUGACCACCGGACUGACCGGGGCUGUGAACGUAGCCAAGGGAACCAUGCAGACAGGCCUAGACACCAGCAAGGCUGUGCUGACCGGCACCAAAGACACUGUGUGCACUGGGCUGACCGGGGCAGCAAAUGUGGCCAAGGGGGUCGCCCAGGGGGGUUUGGACACCACCAAGAAUGUCCUCACGGGCACCAAGGACACAGUGACCACUGGACUGACCGGGGCCAUGAACGUGGCCAAGGGGGCUGUGCAGACCGGUCUAGACACCAGCAAGACUGUGCUAACUGGCACCAAAGACACGGUGGCCGCUGGGCUGACCGGUGCUGUGAACGUGGCCAAGGGGACUGUGCAGACUGGCCUGGACACCAGCAAGGCCGUGCUGACAGGCACCAAGGACACUGUGUGCACUGGGCUGACCGGGGCAGCAAAUGUGGCCAAGGGGGUCGCCCAGGGGGGGUUGGACACCACCAAGAAUGUCCUCACAGGCACCAAGGACACAGUGACCACCGGACUGACUGGGGCUGUGAACGUGGCCAAGGGGACUGUGCAGACUGGCCUGGACACCAGCAAGACUGUGCUGACUGGCACCAAAGACACGGUGGCCACUGGGCUGACCGGGGCCGUGAACGUAGUCAAGGGGGCCAUGCAGACCGGGCUCAACACAACCCACAAUGUAGUGACAGGGACAAAGGACACCGUGUACAGUGGGAUGACCGCAGCAGUGGGUGUGGCCAAGGGGGUUGUGCAGACCGGCCAGGACACCAGCAAGUCUAUGGCAUCUGGUGCCGGAGCCAUGGUGUCUUCCAUCCGGGCCGGUACGGGGACUGUGGCUUCGGAUGCCGUCCACACCCUGCAGGGACUCCUGCCCGGGAGCCAGGACAGUGUCUGGGCUGCAGUUACCCAGUCGGGGGACAUAUCCUCCAGGGGGUCCAGCAUCCCUGACAAGGUCUGUGCAGGUCUGCUGAGCCCGCUCCUCCCAGGAGCCGCCGGGGAUGGGGAAAGCACGGAGCCCGCAGCUGCUCUUCUGGGCCACGCCGGAGCCUGGGACACUGGUGAGCGGGAGGCGCUGGGUGUCCUCCUGGAGCCCAUGAGCGUGGAGGAACAAGCUCAGCUGGCGGCCUCCACUCCGGAGCCGAAGGUGCUCUCUGCUGAUCCCAGAAUCUACUUCGUCCGCCUGGGCGACCUAUCGCCCGCCUUCCGCCAGCGUGCCUUUGAACAUGCCCUAAGCCACCUGCAGCACAACCAGUUCCAGGCCAGGGACACGAUGGCCCAGCUCCAGGACUCCUUCCGGCUGAUAGAGAAAGCCAAGCAGCCAAGGCUGGAGCAGGGUUUGACUGCCGGAUCAGAGGGACCCAGUGGCCAAGAGGUGGACGACGCCGGGGCGCUGUCCAGGGUGCGAGGGCUCAUCCGGCAGCUGCACGUGGCCUACGGCGGCCUGGCCUCGGGCCUGCAGGGCCUGCCCAGCGAGUCCCAGCGGCAGGUGGCACAGGCCCGGCACAGCCUGUGUGAGCUGUACGGGGUCUUGGCGGCAACCGGCUCCCUCAGUGAGCUGUCCCAGGAGCACCUGGCGCAGAGCCGUGAGGAUGUCAACCAGGCGUGGCGGGGGCUAGAGAGGCUGCUGGCUCAGGUGCAGCACAGCCCUCCGCUCAGCUGGCUGGUGGGGCCCUUUGCGCUGCCCCAGGGGGCCCAGCAGCAGUAGUGGGUGGUGACUGGGGUGAAGGAGUGCCCCCCAGCCGGCACGGAGCCUCCCCUGCCUAGGGCCACACCCACCCACCUUGCAAGUCCAGCUCCAGGCAUGUAACACUCAGCUUGAGGGAUGGAGCUGGCAGUCGAGGGGUGAGGGGAGUCAGAAGGGAUGGGGAACACACACCCAGGAAAGAGGGGGCUCUCUGAGCUGCCCACCUCCCACCUCCUGGCCGUUCCCCAGAGUUUUUGUCACUGGGGGCCCCCAGUGAAGAUCACGAGUGGGCUCCCUAGUAGGGAAACAGAGGGACCUGUGGGCCCUCCACACCACCACCACAGCAGGUGUCCUCCAGGCAGACUGCUCCCCACUGCUGCGCACCUCCCCAUUGCCGGUCUGCUCGGCCUUGUGCCACCACCCUCUCCAGGAAGCUUCUGUCGGGGUCCGUUGGUUCGCACGGACUGAUACCUGGGAGUUGGUUGGCAGGCUUUUCUUCCUAGUCUCAGUCUGGAAACGCCACCGAGACUUAGCCUGAUGGCAGUGUGGGCGCCGGCUGAGUGGGGCACGGAGCGCCUGGCCGCACGCUAGGAACCCUUGUCUUCUGCCAGCCCACCGGCACCCUUCAGCUGCACCCAGCCCUGGGCCCUGGCCCCGCCCUCCUCCGCACCUGCUUCUCUGAGCGCAGCGCUGUCCUGUGUCCUAAGGCCAAGAUGGCACCCCGGCCUCUGUGGCUCAGGGGACCUCCAGUCAGCCCAGGGUCGGCGGCACCUGCCCCCACCCCACCCUGUCUGAAAACACCACACCCACUGUUCCUCAGGUGCCAGGGCCCAGGCUGUGGGCAGUAAGCACAGGGUAUCCUGAAGGCCAUGGCCCCAUGGGAGGGGCUAGGCUGAGGCCUGAAAUUCACGACUUACUUGCCCAUGUUCUGGGGUCGUGGUUCCCCCCACCACUGAGUGCCAGGGGAUGGAUAAGGCGGGUCCCAGCUCCCGUGCACCGCUGAGCACCAGGAGCUGAUAAGAGGAUGCCAGCUCCCUGACCACGUGGGCCCUGUGGUCUCAGGUGGAAGAAGGGAGCCACCAUGCACUCGGGAAGCUGACCUGGGCGGGGUGGCAGCAGAUAGCUCUCUGGGGAGCAGCGCUGCUCAUGCCAUUGGGGGCCGCGGCAUGCCACACCCUUGGCUCUUUCCAGAGUGGUCGCCAGGCAGAAGUGGUGCCGAUCCUUCCAGCUCCUAGGCUGGCGGGAGAGCUGGGCCCUGGCACCCCAAAGGGGUGGCGAGGACCCAGGCAUGUUGCUGGGAGAAGCUGGAGCCCAGUGAGCCCUCAUGGAAGCUUCUGGGGCCUUCCUGUUGCACCACUCACGCCAUGGGGCUGAGACCUUGUGCACACCCUCACGCACGCACACACGCACACGGCCCCUUUCUUAGUUCUGAGGGUGGCCGCGGCCACCGGGAGCAGGCAGCAGGGGGCAUGAGUCACGCCCGCAGCCGCACUGGGUCCCAGGAGGCACCCCAGUCUCAGGCCGCAUGGCAGAACGGACACCCCACAGGCCAACACAGCAUCUCCACCUCCCUGUGGCCCGGCCUCUGCUCCCGCUCACCUGGCCUGCUCCCCAGCUGGCUUCCCACCUCCCUGAGCCCACCCAACCUCAGCCCUGUCACAGCCCCUCGGGGAGCUGGUGGCCUGCCCCUGAUGGGCCGCAUCAGCACUGCUAGAAAACCAAGCCAAUAAAAAUGAUUGUGCUUUCAUUAAAAAAAACCCUUUAUAUUCA